UUAAGAUCUCAUAUAUCCCUCAUAGAUUGUUUAGGCAAGAAAAAGAAAUUGAUGGGUAGCAUUGCACAAAGGUGGAGAGAACUAAGUGGGGAGAAUAACUGGGAGGGUUUAUUGGACCCUCUUGAUAAAGAUCUUCGCAAGUAUAUUAUUCACUAUGGUGAACGAACUCAAGCUGUUAUGGAUGCCUUUAAUGGAGAGAAGGCGUCGAAAUGGGUUGGAUUUAGCCGAUAUUCAACGGAGGAUUUCUUCUCUAAAGUGGGGUUAGAGAUGGGCAAUCCUUACAAAUACAAAGUAACCAAGUUCUUUUAUGCAAGAUCAGAAAUCGAAAUCCUUGAUUGGUUUGCUGCUGUGGAAUCCAACUGGAUCGGGUAUGUGGCUGUGACCACCGACGAAGGAAAGGCUGUCUUAGGAAGAAGGGACAUUUUGAUAUGUUGGAGAGGAACCAUGCGAAACUUGGAAGUGAUUAAUGAUCUUAAAGCAGAUUUAGUCUCAGCUGCCGAUAUACUUGGAGAUAAUGGAGAUCCAAGGGUGCACCAUGGUUGGCAUUCCAUAUACACUGCAAAAGACUCAAAAUCCGUAUACAAUCAGGCCAGCGCUAGAGAACAGGUUCUAGGUGAGGUUAGGAGGCUGGUUGACUUAUACCAAGACGAAGAAAUCAGUAUAACCUUGUCGGGCCAUAGCUUAGGUGCCGCAGUUGCCACGCUCAACGCAGUGGACAUUAUUGCAAAUGGGUAUAACAAACCGACCACCAAACCAGACAAGGAAUAUUUGGUCACAGCCUUUGUAUUUGCCAGCCCUCGCGUUGGGGACUCAGGCUUCAAGAAAGUUUUCUCAGGAUUCAAAAAUCUUCAUGUCUUGCGGAUCAAAAAUGACUUUGAUAUGGUUCCUUCACUGCCAAUACCAUUACCUUUACUCCAUUAUACCCACGUUGGGAAGAAAUUGUUAAUCGAUUCUGGCAAAUCGCCAUACAUGAAGAGCCACCUGGAUAUCAGUAAGAAUUUGAUGAUUGCUCAUCAGUUGGAGCCAUAUUUGCAUGGAGUCGCAGGUUCACAAGGGGCCAAAGGGGAAUUCAAGCUGGAUGUUAAUCGGGAUAUCGCGCUUCUAAACAAAAGCUUGGAUGCAUUGAAAGACGAGUAUAAAGUUCCAGUUGAAUGGUGGAUAGAAAAGAAUAAAGGCAUGGCUCAGCAGGACAAUGGCUCCUGGAUAUUGGACGAUCAUGAACCAGAGCCGUCAAUUGUUUAAAUUAGUCUAAUUUUAAAAUCAUGUAAGCUUCACUUAGAUCGGGCUAUCCAAGUUAUGAUUUGGUUCCAUAUGUAAGUAUAGUUAUUAAGAUUAAGAUCAAAGUUUAAUAUAUAUUGCCGUUUAUGUAUAUGUACACCAACCAUGAAAACUGAGUUCAGGCGAUAUAAUCCUUUCUGGUUUUAGUUCUUCAAGAAUCCGGUGGGGUUUUUCU